AUGCAUCGCACAAUUCUGUCAAAAAAGACAGCGGCUUGGAAAAAAGAAGACAUCAUUAAUUGGUUGAAGUCUAAAGAUAUUGUUUUUGAUAAACCGAUGGUGAAAUUUCGAUUGCUUGAUAAGGUAAACGAAAUUAAACCUCUACACACCAAAUAUGUAAUUGACGAAGGAGCUUUGAAAACAAAUCGACAUGUAUUACGUUUGCCACCUUACCAUGCCGAACUUAAUCCAAUAGAACUUACGUUGUCUGUAGUGAAGAAUCAUGUUAAACAAAAUGACGCAACAUUUAAACUAAAUGAUGUUAAGAAAUUGCUGAUCGAAGGUGUCCAGAAAGUGACUUCUGACAUGUUGGCCAAUUUCGUUUGUCAUACUAUCAAAGAAGAAGACAAAUUGUAUGAAAUUGACUUCAUCACUGAAAAUAAGUUGGAUAAUGAAGAAUCACAUUCACAUAAUAUAAUGACAAUAACUGGUGACACUUCUUCUGAUUUUUCUGACGAGUAA